CUCUGGUGACUCUGCUGUCCUGUGGGCAGGUGUGGACAGCGAAUCUGCCUCCAGCAGCAUCCGCUUCAGCAAGACCUGCCUGAAGAAUGUCUUCUCGGUUCUGCUCAUCUUCAUCUACCUGCUGCUCAUGGCUGUGGCUGUCUUCCUGGUCUACCAGACCAUCACGGACUUCCGAGAAAAGCUCAAGCACCCUGUGAUGUCUGUGUCUUACAAGGAGGUGGACCGCUACGAUGCUCCAGGGAUCGCCCUAUACCCUGGUCAGGCUCAGCUGCUCAGCUGUAAGCACCACUAUGAGGUCAUCCCACCUCUUGCCAGCCCUGGCCAGCCGGGAGACAGGAACUGCACCACCCAGAGGAUCAAUUACACCCAUCCCUUCUCCAAUCACACCAUGCAGUCCGCCCUGAUUGUCCAGGGACCACAGGAAGUGAAGAAGCGGGAGCUGGUGUUUCUCCAGUUCAGCCUGAACCAGAGCAACGAGGACUUCAGUGCCAUUGACUACCUCCUCUUCUCCUCUUUCCACGAGUUCAUGCAAAGCCCAGACAAAGCAGGCUUCAUGCAGGCCUGUGAGAGUGCCUACUCCAGCUGGAAGUUCUCAGGAGGCUUCCGCACCUGGGUCAAGAUGUCACUGGUGAAGACCAAAGAGGAGGACGGCCGAGAAGCUGUCGAGUUCCGGCAGGAGACCAGUGUGGUUAAUUACAUUGACCAGAGGCCGGCCGCCGAGAAGAAUACUCAGUUAUUCUUUGUGGUCUUUGAAUGGAAAGAUCCCUUCAUCCAGAAGGUCCAGGAUAUCAUCACGGCCAAUCCCUGGAACACCAUUGCACUCCUCUGCGGGGCUUUCCUUGCCUUAUUUAAAGCAGCAGAGUUUGCCAAACUAAGUGUGAAGUGGAUGAUCAAAAUCAGGAAACGAUACCUAAAAAGAAGAGGCCAGGCAACAAACCACAUAAGCUGAAGCCGCCAUGUCCCGGCACUCCGAACCGACAGAAGCCUUAUUCUCCCAUGGACAAACCAAGCCACCAGCAAUCCUGUACUCACUUGAAGGGACCUUGCAGGGAAGGACCGUCUUUCAAACUGGAUGGUCAAACCUGGCUCAGGAGGUUGUUCGAGCCCACAGGCAAACAUCCAAUGAAUAGCCUGAAACUUAUUUAAGUACUUAAAUUAUUAACAGACAUUUUACAGAGCUGUCUAGUGCCUUGGAGGGGGUUUGUGGAAGGCAGCUUUUUCUCAUUUGUUCAUUAAAUAGUUAAGCUCC